AUGGCAGUCCCAGGCGAAUCCUUCUUUUCGUGGGAUCCGCCAAAGGCCAAACCCUACGUCUCGCACGGGCUGUCCUUCGAGAAGGCCUGCGCGCACCACGCCGAACAGACGUUCCACGCAUCGCGCGUAUACGUCAUCGUAUCGAAGUCCAUCAGCAAGACGCCUGCCUUCACGGCCCUCAAGGAGGCGCUCGGUGACAAGCUCGUCGGCGUGCGCUAUGGCAUCCUGCCCCAUACGCCCUGGGGGGACGUCUUCGAGCUCACCGCAGAUCUGAAGGCCAAGGAGGUCGAUCUCAUCAUCACGCUGGGCGGUGGCUCCAUCUCCGACGGGGUCAAACUUGCGCGUCUCUUUGUCGCGAAUGGAGUGACCACCACACAAGGCGUUGACGUGCUCUGGGAAAAGUGCAACUCGAUGAUGGGCUCGCAGCCCGCUGAGAGGGACGAUGUAAAGCCGGCCACUAUCCCCUGCAUCAACGUGCCCACCACGCUGUCCGGCGGGGAGUUCACGCCGGCGGGCGGUGCGACGGAUCCGAAGACGCACCACAAGCGAGUCUUGCGGCACGAAUCCAUGUACGCCGACAUCGUGGUCUUCGACCCAUCCCUCUCGGUAUCGACGCCCGCGCACGUCUGGCUGUCGACCGGCGUGCGCGCUGUCGAUCACUGCAUCGAGGGUCUGUAUGCGAAUGCGCCUGACGCGCGGCCCGAGAUAAGUCCCGAGCUGAUCAAUGCGCUGAGGACGCUCCUGGUCAGUCUGUUGCAGACGAAGAAGAACUGGUAUGACACGGAGGCGAGGUUGAAAUCAAUGUUGGCGGUCAAGGACAGCAUCAAGGGCGUGUUUAACGGCAUAGGCGCCAGUCAUGGGAUCGGGCAUCAGCUCGGCCCCAUGGGCGUCGGGCACGGCGAGACGAGCUGUGUUAUGCUGCCGUACGUGCUGAAGUACAACUGGCAGCAUGGAGACGAAAAGGUCAGGGACCAGCUUCGUCCUGUUCUCGGUGCGUUUUGGGACGAGCCUACCGUCGUGGAGCAGCUCGACUUGAAGGACUUGGAUAGGGGGUCUGCUGAUCCGGGGGAUUUGGUCGCGGCGUUCGUCGAGGCGCUGGGCAUGCCCAGGAGUCUGGGCCACUUUGGUGUAGGGAAAGAUCGCUUCGAGUUGCUGGCGGAUAAUGCCAUGGAGGACUGGUGCACCAUUGCUAACCCUGUGAAGCUCGACAAGGCGCAGGUGGUGGAGAUUUUACAGAUGGCGGCUUAG